GCGACGGACCGGUCACGUGAUGCGGGUUUAGCGCUCUCCUUCUCUGACAACUUUUUUGCUUAAAACUAACAAUAAUAUGGCAGAUACUGUACCGUUAGUCGCUGAUUGCGGCGCGGUCUUGCUCAGCGCGCGGUUUGCGCGCCGUUGGCGGCGUUACGGCGGUGGAAAGUCGGCGUCGAAAUGCUCUUUCUUUCAGCCCGAGGAUCACGUGACCUCCACGCGAUUCUUGCCGUUUGGUAAAGAUGGCGGCGGAUGGUUAGAAAACAAGCGAAGCAAAGGGGCAACAUCCUUCAAACCGCCGCGACACUCGAGCUCCCUGGAAAUCGUCUAAUGAUGGAUCCAGGACAAGAUUUGCUUCUCGCAGCCCUUAGUGAAAGUGGAAUCUGCCCAAAUGAUCUUUUUGACAUUGAUUCUCAGGAAACUGCUCAGUCCCCUUCCUCUCAACAGUCAGUUUCAAAGAAUGUCCUUGACAUUGGUCUCGGCAGCGAAGCAGCUGGAAUUGUUGGAAUUGAACCUGCUGUGCCACCCACUCCUACAGUCACAAUCAGACAGAAGCCUCAGCCCUCAACCACCACAUUCGUCUUAAAUCAACUAAAUCAACUGCCAUCGCUGGGAACCAUCGUAGUCACAAAGCCCUCAGUGGGCCCUUCUUCAAGACAGACCAUCACAGUAACCAAGGUGGUGCAGACGUCAUCGCCAGCUCAGAGAAGCUCUUCCUCGCCAUCUGCUACAGCUACCGUGUGCAGUGUGGUCCCACCGACUCGAGAGCAGAUCAAGCUAAAGGACCUGCUCCGGACCAGCGGCGUGAAAACAAACAGCCUUGGUGAACUUAUGAAGCUGAAGCCUCCACCUGAUAUUGCUCAGCCUGUUGCUACAGCUACAGGAACGAAGAUUAUUUUGCUCUCCACAAAGUUGAUGAAUAAACCAGUGGAGGUCAACAACGGUGUGAAAAAGGAGGUGUCGAGCAAAGAUGUUGCCAGAAUCUGGGCCAAUGAAGAAAUCAAAAUGCGCAGCUUUUCGCCUGUAAAUUUACCUGGAAUGAAGGAGGAGGAUGAGCCAGAGGAGGAAGAGGAAGAGGAGUUGGGACACGCCGAAACAUAUGCUGAAUACAUGCCGAUGAAAUUGAAAAUAGGAGAGCGGCAUCCUGAUCCUGUGGUAGAGACCAGCUCCCUCUCGAGUGUCAGCCCUCCUAAUGUGUGGUACAGGCUUUCUGUUCCAGAGGAAACAAUCGACCGUGGCUGGCUAUCUGCUCUUCAGCUUGAGGCCAUUACGUAUGCUAGUCAGCAACAUGAGACUUUCCUUCCAAAUGGAGACAGAGCAGCUUACUUGAUUGGUGAUGGUGCUGGUGUCGGAAAGGGAAGAACUAUUGCUGGAAUCAUAUAUGAAAAUUACCUUCUGGGCAGAAAACGAUCUCUCUGGUUUAGCGUCUCAAACGACUUGAAGUAUGACGCAGAGAGGGAUUUGAGAGAUAUUGGAGCAAAGAACAUCCAAGUCCAUUCUUUAAACAAGUUCAAGUAUGGAAAAAUCUCAUCGAAGCACAAUGGAAGUGUGAAAAAAGGUGUGAUCUUUGCUACAUACUCAUCUCUGAUUGGAGAAAGCCAAACAGGUGGAAAAUACAAGACAAGGUUCAAGCAGUUACUGCAUUGGUGUGGUGAUGAUUUUGAUGGUGUGAUAAUCUUUGAUGAAUGUCACAAAGCCAAAAACGUCUGUCCAAUUGGGUCAUCAAAACCCACAAAGACCGGACUGGCUGUUCUCGAGCUCCAGAACAAGCUGCCAAAAGCACGUGUGGUCUAUGCCAGCGCUACAGGAGCCUCUGAGCCUCGGAACAUGGCUUACAUGAAUCGUCUUGGGAUCUGGGGGGAAGGAACCCCUUUCAAAGAAUUUUCUAAUUUUAUUCAGGCUGUUGAAAGAAGAGGUGUUGGUGCCAUGGAAAUUGUUGCCAUGGAUAUGAAAUUGAGAGGAAUGUACAUUGCUCGACAGCUGAGCUUCCAGGGUGUGACAUUUAAGAUUGAGGAAGUCCCUCUGACAAACAACUACAUCAAAAUGUAUAACAAGUCAGUCCGUCUGUGGGUGAGCGCACGAGAGAAAUUCCAACAAGCAGCUAACUUGAUGGACGCUGAACAGCGCAUGAAGAAGUCAAUGUGGGGACAGUUCUGGUCCGCACACCAGAGAUUCUUUAAGUACCUGUGCAUUGCUUCAAAGGUGCGCAGAGUGGUGCAGCUAGCCCGAGAGGAAGUCAAGAAUGGAAAGUGCGUUGUUAUUGGGCUGCAGUCAACAGGUGAAGCUCGAACACUUGAGGCCUUGGAGGAAGGUGGAGGCGAGCUCAAUGACUUCGUCUCUACUGCAAAGGGUGUCCUGCAGUCACUGGUGGAGAAGCACUUCCCUGCUCCAGACAGACAGAAGCUCUUCAGCCUACUGGGUAUUGAUCUAUCGGCAAAGAAAACCCCAUCACCAGCAGAAACUAAGGAGGAGCAGAAGGGCAAGAAAAGGAAAGGUGGAGAUGUUAAAAAAGGAGCAAAGAAGUCCCGUAAAUCCGGAGGGCUUUCAGGCAGCAGCUCAGAUGAGAGCAAUUCAGAAGACUCUGACAAAGAUGACAGCGACGACAGCUUUAACUCGGUCAGCUCAGGAGAUGACGAGGAUGACUUCAACCCCUUCAAGGAUGAUUCCAGUGAGGAUGAAGAAGAUGAUCCUUGGCUAAUCCGUAAAGACUCAAAAAAGAGCAAGGAAAAGAAGAACAAGAAGAAGAAGAAAAGCAUAGACCCAGAUUCCAUUCAAAGUGCCUUGUUAGCUUCUGGGCUUGGUUCAACCAGGCCUGCUUUCACAACACCUAUUGUAAAAUCAACGUCCAACAACUCUGUUGUUCCCGCUAAAAGUGAACCAGAAGAAAACAGCUGUGUGACCAGUAAUGAUGCAGUGGAGGAUGCCCAGCAAAUGAAAAGGGAGCUGUUAGAACAGCUAGAGAAACUGGCUGAGGAUCUGCCACCAAACACACUUGAUGAGCUUAUUGAUGAGUUGGGAGGCCCUGAAAAUGUGGCAGAGAUGACGGGACGCAAAGGCAGAGUAGUCAGCAAUGACGACGGCAGCAUCUCGUAUGAAUCAAGAUCAGAACUGGACGUUCCUGUAGAAAUUCUGAACCUUACGGAGAAGCAGCGAUUCAUGGAUGGAGAGAAGAACAUUGCUAUAAUAUCUGAGGCAGCCAGCUCUGGUAUUUCACUUCAAGCUGACCGUAGAGUGAAGAACCAGAGAAGAAGAGUUCAUAUGACUUUAGAGUUACCGUGGAGUGCAGACCGAGCUAUUCAGCAGUUUGGUAGAACACACAGAUCUAACCAGGUAACGGCUCCUGAGUAUGUGUUCCUGAUAUCUGAACUUGCCGGAGAACAAAGAUUUGCCUCCAUUGUUGCCAAAAGACUAGAGAGCUUGGGCGCGCUUACGCACGGAGACCGAAGAGCCACAGAGACUAGGGACCUCAGUCGAUUCAAUUUUGACAACAAGUAUGGCAGAAAUGCUCUUGAGAUUGUUAUGAAGUCCAUUGUCAAUUUGGAUUCUCCCUUGGUCUCUCCACCUUCUCAUUUCGAUGGGGAUUUUUUUAAAGAAAUCCGCAAUGGGUUAAUUGGUGUGGGGUUGAUAAAUGUGGAGGAUAGGUCUGGUGUUCUAUCACUGGAUAAGGACUAUAACAACAUUGGAAAAUUCUUAAACCGUAUCCUUGGCAUGGAGGUCCAGCAGCAGAAUGCCCUCUUCCAGUAUUUCUCGGACACUUUAAAUGCUGUCAUUCAGAACGCUAAAAAGAAUGGCAGAUAUGACAUGGGAAUUCUGGAUUUGGGCUCUGGGGAUGAGAAGGUUAAAAAGAUUGAUGCGAAAAAAUUCUUGACGCCAGGUUACUCCACCUCAGGCCAUGUUGAACUUUAUACUGUCAGUGUAGAGAGAGGCAUGUCAUGGGAGGACGCUACCCAUAUUUGGGCAGAACAGAACGGACCAGACGACGGCUUCUACGUGCAGGUACGGAAUAACAAGAAAAUAGCCAUCAUGGUCAAGGAAGUCAACACUAAAAAGAGACUGUUCAUGGUGUACCGACCAAAUACUGGAAAACAGCUCAAACUGGAGACGUAUGUAGAUAUACGGAAGCGAUGCAAAAAGGUUCUUUCAGAUGAGGCAAAACAGUGUUGGAUUGAUCAGUACGACUCUUCAGCGGAUGUUUGCUCUCAUGCUUAUUGGCGUGGGAACUGUAAGAAGGCAUCAGUGGGACUGCAGUGUGAAAUAGGACUGCGUUGCCGGACGUAUUAUGUCCUGUGUGGCUCCGUCCUCAGCGUGUGGACCAAAGUAGAAGGUGUUUUAGCCUCUGUAAGUGGAAGCAACAUGAAGAUGCAGAUUGUUCGUUUGAGAACCGAGGACGGACAAAGAAUAGUGGGUCUGAUCAUUCCAGCAAACUGCGUGGGUCCGCUUACCAACAUCUUGUCUUCAUCAGACCAAUCGCAGCAGCUGGCUGUGCAGCAGCAGCAGAUGUGGCAGCAGCUGCACCCACAGAGCCUCAGCCACUCGUUCAACACAUAGCAAAACCCAGUGGGCCAACAGCAGACACGGGACCCCAGCGCUGCAUCACGAGCCUUCCUCCCCGCCACUAUGCUAUGAGGAAGCUUGCCUUUGUGUGGAUAGAGGCUUGCUGGACUACUGACUCAAAAGCUGUAAAGCCUCCCAUGUUGAAGAGGAAGUAGUGUGAGGGAUGGGUUGGGAGAAUGAAAUUUUCAGGCUGCUUGUUUAGUUUUUUUUUCUCCUUUCCCUGUGUUCAACCCCUUAUUCUCUUUAAAGCUGCAAAGUCGAGCAUAAUUGUUUUAAACAGGUCAGUGCUCAGGGGUUCGACGUCACAUCAGUUCUUUUACGGGCCUCAAAACAUAAGGCAUGCUUUGCCCUGGUUUUGGACCCCAUACUACUUGGCCAUUGAUCGACUCUUAUCUAUUCCAUCAUUUUUGCACUGAAUUAAACACUUUGGCCAAAGAAUAAUGUACAUGUUAUCCUCCUUAUCAAAAUAAGCUAACUAUCUUGGCUGAUAACUUGCAUUUGGGUAAAAAAAAAAAAAAAAUCGGAUGUUUGUGGCUAAAUUAUUAAUUUACUUGAAAGAAAAUCCCAGUUUAUCCUAAUUGUGUCCAGAGCCUUUUUUUUUUUUCUUUGUCUUUGAGGCUCUCACAUAACUACCCCUAAGAAUACAAAUUUUUGCAAAUAUUUUAGUUCAGGAUGUAGUUGUACAAAUUCCGUGAUUACAUGGUGAAAUUUCUGGUAUAUCAUUUUGUUUUAUUUUGAUUUGUUUAUUAUUUUGGAGGAGAUGCAUUUUUACAAGAACAGAAUUGCACAAUGAUUGACUGCAAGGUAGGAUCCUAUGGGAUCUGCCUUUCUGCACUGUAAACCCCCUGUGACAUUCUGUAGCAUGCUUAAUGCUACCCACUGCAAACAUUUUGAAGAGAUUUGUUGAAUGUCAUAGUGCAAAAAUGGUGGAAUACCUGUGUAAAGAUCAAGCAAGAUCUUGAUCAAGUAAUGCUCUCCUAGGGAAAGCGCUGGCUCUUUAGUGGGUGUUAAUACAUUUAAUAAAUUAUUUCCCUUAAAGACUUGUCUGGGCUCAUCAGGAACUGACGCUAUGGGUUAAAUGAAAAAGUAGCUUUUUUCUCUCUUUUGGUCUAUUUAUCAAGCAAGUUUAAGAGGGUCAGUUUAUUUUUCUGCUUUGCUCUGUUUUUGUAUAUUUAAGAACAAGAUUUGUUGACUGAACAUUGUUAUAAACUGGAAUCUGCUCAUCGCAAGGCCAUGUCACCAGUGGCCAGCUUUUAAUUAGCACAUUUGCUUCUUGCUUUUAGUAUUUGCUGUCACAUGGAACAUAUAAUGUGGUAGGGUGGAAGAACUGUAAUGCCCCUUUUUCCCCCCUACCACCCCAUAAUUUAGUGUAAACGUUCAACCAGUGCAAAAUGAUAAGUUUCUCCAAUAUUUGUGUAUAGUUGCAUAUCUGAAAUUAUGUUCUGCUUACAGUAUAGUUGUUGGCACACUUUAGGGACAAUAUCAUUUCAGCCUUGCACGAGUUGCACUACUGAUGGAUCACUUGUAAAUACAAAGGAAAAAAAAAGACAAAAAACAAAACGAAGAACCCUAUGAACAUUGAGCUGAGUGCAAGAUCUCUACCUCUUGCAUAUGACCAAUAAAUCUUGUGGUUAAACUUGAA